ACAUUGUUCUUGAAUUUUCCACAACCGUCGAGAAUUGUCAUAAUCUUUCUUAAUCUUUAUAUAAAUAGGAGAUGAAUUCAAUCGAUAUAACCAUUCAAAUCAAAACUCAUUCGCUUUAUAAACAUUCUAAAAUCUAAUAGCCUCACUCACAAACCAAAUUCUCAGAAAACAGUUUUCAAAUCAAACCUCAAAACCCCAAAAAUCUCAACAAUGUCGAUGAUUCCAAGUUUCUUUGGCAACAGAAGGGAAAAUGUUUUCGACCCAUUCUCACUAGAUAUUUGGGAUCCAUUCCAAGGUUUCCCAUUCUCAGGAUCCAAUUCUUCUUCCUCUGCACUUUCCUUUCCGGCUGGUUCCGAAAUUUCAAAAGAAACUUCUCAAUUGGCAAGCACUAGAAUCGACUGGAAAGAAACGCCCGAAGCACACAUUUUCCGAGCAGAUCUUCCUGGAAUUAAGAAAGAGGAAGUGAAAGUUGAAGUUGAAGAAGGAAGGGUGCUUCAGAUUAGUGGUGAAAGAAGUAGGGAGAAAGAAGAGAAGAAUGAUAAGUGGCAUAGAGUUGAACGCAGCAGCGGCAAGUUUUUGAGGAGAUUUAGGUUGCCGGAGAAUGCAAAAGUUGAUGAAGUUAAGGCGUCUAUGGAGAAUGGAGUGCUCACUGUGAGUGUUCCUAAAGUUGAAGAGAAGAAGCCUGAAACCAAAUCCAUUCAGAUUUCUGGUUGAGUCCAAUGAAAUGCGUCUUUGCUCUGCUCAAGUCUUGUGUUGGGUUUUACUAUGUUGUGUGCUAGUGUGUGUGAAAUGUGAACAAUAUAGGAGAUUAGAUGUCAUGGUGUGGUGUUGUGGUAAGGCUGUUGUUAUUAACUUGUUUGUCUCGGUGUGUUUGUAAGGUCUGUAAUGGGUUUAGCUUUUCUUGUUAAUGAAAACUUUGAGCUAGUUUCUUGUCCAAA